CGCGGCAACAACACACCGAGAGAGAGAGAGACGCUACUGGGGGAGGAUAGAGGAUCAGUCGACGCCGUGGAUAUGAUCUAAAAUAAUAUCCUAAGAGGCAAACGGUACACCUUUCUCCCAAAUAGGACUUUGAUUCGAAAGGUGGAAAACUGCCAACAAGAUUACUAUUAUUUAAAUUCACCCUACCGACCCCCCCCUCCCUCUACUCCACCCUAGCUACCGAGAUGCACACCGAGACUCGAAGCAAGAAAUGCCUGUCGAGUCCUAAGGCCAGAGGUGGUGUCAGCUCCCAGCCACAACCCAAGAAGGAGUCCCAACCCCAGCGGCCCGAGUUGACCAAGAAGGAACCCAAGACGGAGCCUCAUACCCAGGAGGAAGAAGAAAACAUGCCCUCGGUACACAUCAAACCAGAACCACAGGAGGUGGAGUCCACGCAGGCUGAAGUAGGUGAGGAGUGUCCCCAGCCUACAGACCUGAAGAUCAAGACAGAGAAGACCCAACCUGUGUCUCCCCCUCCACUCUGCACAGCCACAGACACAACAGCAGACUCCUCCCUCCCCCCGGAGGACCAGACGGAACCUGUCGACCUGUCCCUCGGCAAGCCUCGCUCCUCCCUGCCCGUCUCUACGCCGACAGCCAACCCCGUACCGAGUUCCGUGGCGAUGCCCACGCUGUCGGCAACCCCCAUCCAUACGAUGCUCUCCCCCGGGUCCAUCCUAGCAUCCACCCAGGGGGCAGGCGGUCAGCAGAUCCUGCAUGUCAUCCACACCAUCCCGUCGGUCAACAUGCCCAGCAAGAUGGGCCAGCUGCAGACCAUCCCCGUGGUGGUCCAGUCUCUGCCCGUAGUCUACACCACCAUGCCCACGGACGGGGUGGCCACCGCUGCCAUCACAGUGCCCCUCAUCGGGAGUGACGGGCGCUCGGAGGGAUCCGUGCGUAUCAAGCCUGGCUCGGCGUCCCCAGUGGAGUACCAGAGUGACAGUGAUGUGGAGAGUGGGACAGAGUCGGGUUCUGCUUCCUUCAGUACCCCGGGACUGGACACAGGGUCAGGCGUAGACAUGGACAUGCAGGUGGACCCUGAUUCGCCGGAUAUGAAGAGGAGGCGUGUCCAUAUGUGUGACUAUGAUGGCUGUAACAAGGUGUACACCAAGAGCUCACACCUCAAAGCCCACCGCAGGAUACACACAGGAGAGAAGCCGUACCACUGUACAUGGGAGGGCUGUACCUGGAGGUUCGCCCGGUCAGACGAGCUGACGCGACACUUCCGUAAACACACAGGCAUCAAGCCCUUCCGCUGCACCGACUGUGACCGCUCCUUCUCCCGGUCUGACCACCUAGCCCUGCACCGGAGACGCCACGUCAUGAUGUGAACCAUGACCGCUGACCCCUGACCUUUGACCUUUAAACCUUAAACCCCCUGCUACCUUCGCCCUCCAACCCAUCACCUCCCUCCCCAGCCCCCCUCGGGACUCAGAUGGAACUCAAAUGGGAGGGCCUGAACUCUGACCCCUAGAGGUUCUCUGCUGUGUCACUUCCUUUGGCUGUUCCCCCUCCUCUCCUCUCUCUAAAAAAGAACCAAGGUUAAGACAACAUACAUUUUCCACGCGGGAGCGUUCGAAAAUAAACUCAUACAUUGGACCAACACUGAUUCUACAGGAUUACCAUUGAAAACGUCACCAGUGGUCAAGAAAUCAAGUAAUAAAGUGGCGGUAGAUCAUUUGAAAAACAUUUACAUCAAUAGAAUGACCGUAAAACAGUUAUGUUAUGUGUUUGCAGAGUAGUUAGCUGAAGUUCACUACGAUUGUGUUUAUUUUCCACUUUGAUGGCGAGCUUUCUGUACUGCUAAAAUUCCCUUUCAGUCAUUUUUGAUCGCAUUGCUGGUCCAUUGUUUAGACCUAGUCUUCUCUACGCCCAUGCCUCGUCCUCCAUUUCGAACUGUGGGUCAUCGUGGAGAUCAUUACAUUCAAGAGGUGGAGAAUGAAGAUCCCAAAAGGAUGACAAGAGUUUGUUGUUGUUUUCUGGUUGCUUAGCACCUGAAGGGGUAGUCCACAACUCUCAUACCCCACAGCUUACCUCCUCGUUUCUCCCUCACACCCCACGCAGUGUGCACACAGCCAGAGGCCAUCUACUUCAACAGCACCCUAUCCAUCCAGAAGAUCGACUAGGGAAGACAAACCAGGGAUAGAGCAGAGAGAGAUGGACAGGCUGGACUGAGAGAGAGACCGAGGACAUACUUUGAAAUGAUGCAGGGUUACCUAGAUCACACACUCGGCUCAGAGCAAGAAGAGGAGGGGGACAGAGAGGAGGUGGAGGAGGCAGGGAAGGAUAUGUGGCUUUUGUGUCAGUUUUGUUUAUUUGAGAGGGGAAAACACUUCAGAGAUUACUUUUCAGCUGUCGAGCAACUGUUUACUGUGUCUGAUCAUCUUCUGUUAACCUGCGCUGCGUGCAUGGGCUAGCCGUCUGUACGUGUGUGUGAUUGUGUGUGAGCGUUAGUGUAGUGUGUGCUAUUUAAAGACAGUUGAUGAUGCAUCAUGUCCUCUCCUCCGUACAUAUAAUUUCCUCAGCAGAGUCAGCAGACCCCUCGGGUGUGGCGGUGUAGAAAUGUCUUAUUCGGUCUUAUUCAACCCCCUUCCGCUCCAUUUCUCCGCUCCCCCAUCUCCUGAAACAGGGAGCUACAAGAGUGUGAAGAAUUCUGUUUUAUUAAUAGUUUCAAUCAGAAAUGAAAUCAUGUUCACUUGCCCCACAGUUAUAGCUUGUUGUUCAGUAACAGUAUUUGUGUUGUUAAAAAAAAAAAAAGGCCUUCUGUAGUUUUUCUCAUUUUCUUCUCUUUCUCUUUGCUAAUGAUUGGCUCGUAACAUAAUAACAUCCAUUUUUUUGUUGUUGACUAUUUCAUAUCCUUAGAUUGUGCUUGAGGCUGUAAAAGUAGAACAAGAAAAAGGUUGAGAUUACAAACUAGGGGAGCUUGUGUUUGUGCGCGUAACAAAUAAUCAGAGCUGAGGAUUUUAGAAGGGUGUGUUCGGUGCAGCAGUGUGUUACCUCUCGCCCGUCGGAGCCUUAAUGAAUCAAAGUCAAUCUGAGAAGCUCUGUUUUUCGAAACGCACGUUUGUUUUGAGACCCCGGGGAAACGGGGUCUCUUUGCCCCCCGGCGACACGUCGCGAGGCACUCUGUUGUUACGAGCAUUCCUGCCCAUUUCGACCCAAAUCAGGGCCUGUAUUCACAAAGGGUCUCAGAGUAGGAGUUCUCGAUCCAUAUGAUCAUAUUCAUUAUUAUCUAAAAGGCUAAACUGAUCCUAGAUCAGUGCUCCUACUCUGAGCCUGACUGAUCUCCAUGUCUUAAGGUGGCUGUUUUUAGCUCCUGCUCUCUUGUGUUCACUUGAUUAUGCAACCUCCACAGACCUGGCUCCUAGCGCUGGUUGAAUAUGUGUUGCUACUGGAACAUAUACAGCUCUCGCUACUAAGCACUGUUCUGGAGUCAGUGGUAAUGUACAUCUUGCUACUGGGACGUACACAAACCUCCCUCUUAAGCGCUGUUCUGAAGUCAGUGGCUAAGUACAGCUCCUAUGGUACAUGCAUACAGAGGGCAUACUAAAGAACAUGUAAACAAAGUGUUUGACUCUCUCCCUGGCAGUCGCAGCAGCCAUCAUCAUUUCAAAACGCUGGCUAAAUAAAACAUGAUUGAAUUUAAGAUCCUUUUUCUCUUGACAAUAUAAAAACAAAGUGCAGAUAAUAAUGCUUUUCUAACUGGGAACCCGGCCUUGGUGUGAGUUGAGUUGAGCGCAUGCCUGAAGCAGAGAGGGAUCUUAUUGGUCCACACAGAGCAAUGCAAUGUUCCUAUGAGUUUCUAUCAUUCUCUGCUUCAACUCCUAGCAAUGUUACUAAGCACAUCUUUCUAGAAGAGGACAUGCCUUUGAUUGCAACUUGUUAUUCGAUGGUAUUAGACAUUAAGGACUAUGAGAAAUGAAUUAAAGAACAAGACGUGUACAUACUGUAUAUAAUCAAAAAGUCCAUAAUAAAUGUAACAGGUGGAGUUCUAUUUUUAACACUGACUAGACAAUGUGAAAAAUAUCUUUUUUUCUUUGAUUUACAACUGAAAUGCUGAAAUGUGUUAUAUAAAAAAAAGUUUCUUUUUUUUUAAAUGUCCUAAAAAUCAGUCCCAUUUGUGUUGUGCACAUUUUGUUUUUGUGAAGUUGGCAAGCAUGUCGGUGUGAUCAUGGUGCCCUAACCUAACAGUCCUAAUGACCUGCAACCCGCAACAACAAAAACAUGAAGGACCGUCUUAACCUGAACAACCGUCCAAAAUGGCACCCUACCCCCUAAUGCACUUCUUUUGACCAGGACCCCUAGGGCUUUGGUUAAAAGUAGUGCACUAUAUAGGGAAUAUGGGGCCAUUUAGGACGUACCCAGAGUUGAAAAUAUCUGUUAUCAUUGGUCAAACCCACCUCACCGCAUUGAUGCGUACAAUACAAGUACCCCUUUAAUGUCCAUUGUGAAGUAUUACUCCAUAUACCACAAAGAAAACAAUGCCAUAAUACAUCAAUACAGUACACCAAUAUAGAAAUGUUCUGUCCAACAAAAGAUAGAUCCAUCUGUGGUUUAGACAUGGCAGCAUACCACUUAAGACUUGAUGACCCUCUAUACUGUACUGUAUUUGUACAAGCCCAUUUAUCCACUUCACUAGUCACCCCUCACUUCAACAAUAUGGCACCACAUAAUGUAAGGGUGGAUUGAUUGUGUGUGUGUGUAUAAGUGUGUGUGCAUGUGUGUAUAAGUGUGUGAGUGUGCCUCUUCUUAUCAUUAAUUAAAACUCCUUUUCUUAAAGUAACUGUCUAGUGUUGACAGAUUUUCAUGACAUAUCGCCUAUAAUUAAUAACAAUGAGUGAAAUUGUUUUACUUUCCUGUUUGUUUUAAUGAAUUAUGUUAAAACGCAGGUUUUCUGCGUUGCAAUGGUGUAGGUGUACCCCAACGACAGAAUGGUAUGGGCGUAUACCGGUCAUUAAAAAUAUUCGUGCCAGUAGACCGCUGAUUGGCCAGCUCAUCCUCCUUCAGGAGGAUGACAUCAUCCUCUAUGAGGAAAUGGCAAGCAUUUUUUAAACGGUCUGUUUGAGAUACACAUUUGAGCUGGGGUUUUUUAAGAAAAAAAUCUCCAAAUUAUGCUUUGGCCACAAAUACAAGUAUUGGAUGAGUAAACAACAUUAUUUAGGUAUGGGUUAACAGAAUAGAUUUUCACUGGCCACUUACUUUAACAACCUUGAAAGCAUUAACUUUUGGGCCAGUACUAUAUUACUCAGUGCAAUGCAGUUAUUGUUAUUGUCAUUAAUAUUAUUUGUUUUGUAUUUGUACAGAACAAAUGUGUAAAGAUCAGUGAGGAAGAACGUGAGCUUUUUGAUACUGUGAGAAAUGGUGUUUCAUUAAGUCUGUUUCCCCCUGUACAGUUGAGAUUUACCCCACUCCUUUUAUAGAAUAAAAGGUUUUUGGUGCA